ACACAAUCGGUCAGUGUGGUGCAGUUCUUCCAUCGGGCAUUAUCUGUUGCUUCUUUUGCUCGCGCGUAUUAUUAUUCUAAACGUCUCAACAUCUAAACAAACCUUGACUCAGAAACAAGUUUGGUUCGAGUGCUGGUGUUGUUAAUAAGUAGACAAACAUUAAAAAAUCUGCCUUAGAAUGAUGCGUUGUUGGACGUUAGUGUUGUUUGGCUUAUUAGUUGAUGGGAAUCCAUACUCGGGGCACGUGGCAGACACAGAUACUGAUUCAAUAUCUUUCCCUGGAGCUGUCCACCGUCGGACCAUAGACAUCUCCAAAUCGCCAAAGUCAAACGUUACACUCGGUUAUAAUUCCCUUGAAACGAUCCCGCCAGUGGAAUUCAUACAAAAGAUCAGCACGUACAAUGUCAGCGACCUAUUGUUGUACUAUGUCGACGAUUAUGAGGACGAAGCAGUUGUUGCAACUAGAUUUGGUGCAGAUGUAGAAAGAAGUUCAGCAAUCACACCAAAACCAGCACCAUGCAUACCAGAACUUCAAACUGUAAAGCUUGCACCUGAAAAUAAUGAUCCUUCCCUUAUUUUUAUUCCUGCCUGUACCAGAAUAGAAAGAUGUGGAGGAUGUUGCUCACACAAUCUAUUAUCAUGCCAGCCAAAAGACAGUGAAAUAGUGAGUUUUAAGCUCAUCAAAACACAAUUUGCAUCAGGGAAUAGGUUGAAAUAUGUUGGUAAAGAGAUAGUCCACAUGGAAAAGCAUACAAAGUGUUUUUGUGGUUGCAAAGUUAAAGCAACAGAUUGCACUGCAGUUCAAAAAUAUAAUGAACAAGAAUGCAAGUGUGAAUGUGCCAAUACAGAUGAAGAACAAAAGUGUCAUGCAAGCAGUGGCAAGAAAUUAUGGGAUUACACAACAUGUUCCUGCCAAUGCAGGAAUACCUCUCACUGUUCUACAGGUUUUAUGUUUGAUAGCAUUAAUUGCAGAUGCAUUCCAAUACCAAAAAGACGCCAUGUCCUAGACCAGAGACCCAUUGAAGAAGCAGAAAAGCAGAAACCAGUGCCAUUUACAUUCCAAGCAACAGUUGAUGAAGACUAUGACUAUUAAUGACAUUAAGAAAUUUUGUACUUACUGUUACUGUUGAUUAAAGCAUGGUGUCCAUUGUGUCAGUGGAACUAAAAUUAAAAUAAACACAUAAAAUACG